AGCACAGAUCCGUCAGAACAGAAGUGACCGCUAGCUUCAUGUCAACCAAACAGGCAGGACUGAACUAGCAAGAGCGGAGAUCCUAACCGGGGGAAGAGGGAGAGCCAGAGGGAGAGUGAGGGUGGCUGCUAGGAAAGGACACUGGGCGUUAUUUCUCCACGUUUGAACCGACUGAACAUUCCUCUCGAUUUGGCUUCGUUUGUUUUGAGGACGAAGGGGCUCGGGAGUAUCAACGGUAGUAAGGUUAGCUAGCCACCGCCAUCUCUUCACCGUCGGAGCGAUCGCCGUGUCUUCUACACCAUGGGGAACGCCGCUACCGCCAAGAAGGGCAACGAGCUAGAGAGCGAGACUUUUGUCAAAGAGUUUCUAGCCAAAGCCAAAGAAGACUUCUUACGUAAAUGGGAAUGCCCACCACAGAGCACAACGUGCCUAGAUGAUUUUGAGAGAUUAAAGACCCUGGGUACUGGCUCAUUCGGAAGAGUCAUGCUGGUGAAACAUAAAGGAACAGAGCAAUACUUUGCCAUGAAAAUCUUGGACAAGCAGAAGGUGGUGAAACUCAAGCAAAUAGAACACACAUUAAAUGAGAAGAGGAUAUUACAGGCUGUGAGCUUCCCCUUUCUUGUCAAACUUGAGUAUGCGUUUAAGGACAACUCCAAUUUGUACAUGGUGAUGGAGUACGUUCCAGGGGGAGAGAUGUUCUCACACCUAAGACGAAUUGGAAGGUUCAGUGAACCACAUGCACGGUUUUAUGCUGCCCAGAUAGUGCUGACAUUCGAGUACCUCCAUUCACUAGAUCUCAUAUACAGAGAUCUGAAACCUGAGAAUCUUCUCAUCGACCACCACGGCUACAUUCAGGUGACAGACUUUGGAUUUGCCAAGCGGGUAAAAGGCAGGACCUGGACGUUGUGUGGGACACCGGAGUACCUAGCACCAGAAAUCAUUCUCAGCAAAGGCUAUAACAAAGCUGUGGACUGGUGGGCCCUGGGGGUCCUUAUCUAUGAAAUGGCAGCUGGCUACCCUCCAUUUUUUGCAGAUCAGCCUAUUCAGAUCUAUGAGAAAAUUGUGUCUGGAAAGGUACGAUUCCCAUCCCACUUCAGCUCCGAUUUGAAAGAUCUGUUGAGAAACCUGCUGCAGGUGGAUCUGACCAAACGUUACGGCAACCUGAAGAACGGAGUCAGCGACAUCAAGGGCCAUAAAUGGUUUGCCACAACAGACUGGAUCGCCAUCUAUGAGAGAAAGGUGGAAGCCCCAUUCAUACCAAAGUGCAGAGGCCCAGGGGACACCAGCAACUUCGAUGACUACGAGGAAGAGGAAAUUCGCGUUUCUUUAACAGAAAAAUGUGCAAAGGAGUUUGCGGAGUUUUAGGAUGUGAGAACAUGGAUAUAUCAGGGAAAAAAGGGGAUCUUUGCACUCUUCUAAAGACUUGGGAUGGAGCAGAGACCAUUGUUUUUCAGAUCUACAACAUAGUCCCUUCAUUCCUCAAGGCUGAAAGAGGUCGCCAUGAUC